GGCAGCGGAAGCCGCGCGGGGCGGCCCCGGAGCUGCUGCCGCCGCACGUAGCGCCGAGGCUGGGGCCGGGGUGUGCGGCGCGGCGCGCUCGGCUUUCUCGGCUCCCUCCCCACACUUGCUGAAAUCAGCCAGUGGACUGAUAAUGCUGGAAUGUUGCUUCUGAGACACCCAAGUCCUCUUUGCUCUGCUUGUUGAAUCUGCUGCUUCAGACACUAAAGGAGCAGAAGAGUCGUAUCUACAACCUUCCGUAGGGAGGAGCGGACUAGACAGGUUCUGAGGGAUGAAUGACAAUAAUUUCUGCAAUGUCACUUGGGAGUCUCCAGCACUGUGGACUGAUAAGUAACGUGCAGAACUUCUUUUCAGCUCCUUGAAGGAACAGAAGUAUCUCUCUGCAAGGGAAGAUUCUCAACAGAUUUUUACAGCGAAUAAUAGUCAACUUAGCAUAAUCCACAUCCCUGAUUUACAGCACAUCACCUUCCAAGACAGAUGGUCUAUUCGAAGCUGGAGGAUGUCCACAGAGCUCAUUAUAAUGAAGCAGUGAAUUGAUACAGCUGCUCCUGCUGCUUGAUUGUCAGGAUCACAGACGACAGAACUGCACUGCCCUUUUCCUACUCCCGUAAUCAGGCCAGGAACAGCAGGGUGGACAUGGCUGGCCUCGUUAGCAAUCUGCUAAUGUUAUUUCUUUUUUUUCAAAACAUCUGUUUGGGUUUCAGAAGCCCACUUUCUGUCUUCAAGAGGUAUAAAGAUAACACCAGAUCUCUUUCUGGUGAAUGCCUUGGAAGCGACCGGACAGUGAUUUCACUUGGUCUGUCAGAUUUUGCAUUGGACAUUCGCAUGCCUGGGGUAACGCCUAAGCAGUCCGAUACCUACCUCUGCAUGUCAGUACCCCUGCCAGUGGAUGAUGAAGCCUAUGUAGUUGACUUUAAGCCUCGUGCCAGCAUGGACACUGUCCAUCACAUGUUACUCUUUGCAUGUGAUGAACCCUCCUCUACUGAAAAGUACUGGGACUGUGAUGAAGGAACAUGCAAAGACAAAUCUAACAUUCUGUAUGCCUGGGCAAGAAAUGCCCCACCCACCAGGCUACCCAAAGGUGUCGGAUUCAGAGUUGGAGGAGAAGCAGGUGGCAGAUUUUUUGUGCUCCAGGUACACUAUGGGGAUAUUAGUGCAUUUAGAGAUAAACACAAGGACUGCUCUGGUGUAACUUUACAUCUCACACAUCAAAAGCAGCCUUUGAUUGCUGGAAUGUAUCUCAUGAUGUCUGUGAACACUGUAAUACCACCAGGCGAGAAAGUGGUUAAUGCAGACAUUGCCUGCCGUUACAAAAGGUUUCCAAUGCACCUUUUUGCCUACAGAGUUCAUACGCACAGACUAGGUAAAGUAGUGACUGGAUACAGAGUGAGAAAUGGUCAAUGGACGCUGAUUGGUAGACAGAGUCCACAACUACCACAGGCAUUCUAUCCAGUAGAACAUCCUGUAGAUGUUGGCUAUGAUGAUAUCUUUGCAGCUAGAUGUGUGUUCAGUGGUGAAGGCAGAACUACAGAGACACAUAUAGGGGGAACAGCCAAUGAUGAAAUGUGUAAUUUUUACAUUAUGUACUAUAUGGAAGCUAAGCAUGCUGUCUCAUAUAUGACCUGCACACAGAAUGCAAACCCUGAAAUGUUCAGCAAUAUACCACAGGAGGCAAAUAUUCCUAUUCUAGUCAAGUCUGAUAUGCUAAAGAUGGCACAUGGACAUCAUGAAGAAACCAAGGGUAUUGAGAAAAGUUCUUUGCUGCAGCAGGGUAAAAAAGAAGAGGAAGAUAUUUUGGAUCGUGGUGAUUUCUAUUCACUGCUUUCCAGGCUGCUAGGAGAAAGGGAAGAUGUUGUGCAUGUUCAUAAGCAUAACCCUGCAGAAAAGGCAGAAUCAGAUCUUGUAGCUGAGAUUGCUAAUGUAGUCCAAAAGAAGGAUCUUGCCAGAGAUAUCACAAAUCAUGAUGAAAGGGACAAUACUGUUCUUGACAGAGACAGAAUUCACAAAUUUCACAAACUAGAGUCUACCUUGAGGCCACCAGAGAACAGACAUUUCUCUUUACAGCAGCCUAAAUAUGGUGAGGGAAGCUGGGAAAAAGAACAUACAGGAGAUUUCCACAUAGAAGAGGCUAUAGAGUGGCCUGGGUUAGACCUCAAACUAGGUCAAGUUUCUGGGUUGGCUUUGGACUCUGAAAAUAACCUAGUUAUCUUCCAUAGAGGUGAUCAUGUUUGGGAUGAAAAUUCUUUUGACAGCAAGUUUGUUUAUCAGCAAAGAGGACUUGGACCAAUUGAACAGAACACAAUUCUUGUCCUGAAUCCAAGUAAUGCAAAACUGCUUCGUUCCGUGGGCAAAAAUCUAUUUUACUUACCACAUGGUUUGAGCAUAGAUAAAAAUGGUAACUACUGGGUCACUGAUGUAGCUCUCCACCAGGUUUUGAAACUGGGACCAGAUGACAAAGAACCAUUACUGGUCUUAGGAGUGGCUUUACAACCAGGCAGUGACAAAAAUCAUUUCUGUCAACCAACUGAUGUGGCCGUGGAUCCAGUAACUGGCAGCAUUUAUGUCUCUGAUGGCUACUGUAACAGUCGAAUCAUUCAGUUCUCUCCAAAUGGAUUGUACGUGAUGCAAUGGGGAGAAGGUACAGACACUUCUUUAAGCAGAGACAGACCUGGACAGUUUCAUAUCCCUCACAGCUUAGCCCUGAUCCCUGACUUCAAUCAGCUGUGUGUUGCAGACAGGGAAAAUGGUCGAAUUCUGUGCUUCAGGUUAGAGACUGGGGAGUUCAUAAACGAGAUCAAGCACAAAUCGUUUGGAAGAGAGUUGUUUGCAGUUUCAUAUGUUUCAGGUGGUCUCCUCUUUGCAGUUAAUGGAAUGCCUUAUCCUGGAGAGGCAGCACCAGUGCAAGGAUUUGUGAUGAACUUCUCUACUGGAGAAAUAAUUGAUACUUUCAUUCCAUUUAGAAAGAGCUUUGAGAUGCCACAUGAUGUUGUUGCUUCAGAAGAUAAAACAGUAUUCGUUGGAGAUGUUCAUGCCAAAGCGGUGUGGAAGUUUGCAUUCACAGAAAAAUCAGGAACAAUUGCAGAAGCCAGAUUGAAAAACAACCCAGAAUCAACAGACCUUCUAAAGAAGCAGGAAAAACAACAACAUUUGGUCCAACAGGCCAAGACUGGAGUUCCCUUUGUUCUUAUUACAACUCUUCUAAUUAUCCCUGUUGUUGUCCUGCUGGCAAUUUUAGUAUUUAUUCUGUGGAGGAAGACAACUGUCUACAGAGCUGGUGGGGAACACAAACUUGAUUCAAGUUCAGGCAGAAUUUUAGGCAAACUUAGAGGGAAAGGCGGUGGUGGCCUUAACCUUGGGAACUUCUUUGCAAGUCACAAAGGCUACAGCCAAAAAGGGUUUGACCGACUGAGCACUGAAGGAAGUGAUCAAGAAAAAGAUGAAGAUGAUAGCUCAGAUUCAGAGGAAGAGUGUUCAGCACCCCCACCAGCACUUUCAUCAUCCUGAAACCAGCCUUUGAAUUCUCCAUUACAUGAAUCAACCCAAAAUGUCAGAUUCCUUUUCUCUCAAGCACGUGUAAGGUUUCGUCUAUUUAAUUGUAAACUAUACUAGUCUGUGUAGGGCUGUACACUGGUUCCUUUAAUUUUGUAUAGUUUUAGUUCUGUUUUUUAAGUGGAGGAGUGUAUGGAAAUUCCAUAUCUGUGCCGCUGUUUUUUAUGAGAACACCUUAAUAAAGCAGUCAGUCUUCUAUUUGCAGCAUUGAUUUAAAGCAGCAGUAUUUUCUCAUCUCAAUUUGGGGAUCUUGUAAAUAAGUAUUACUAUCUGCUUAAUGAAAAUAUUUUUCCUGUAACUAUUCACUUGCCAAUUUCUGUUUUGUGCCUUUCCUCAAUGUCCUUAACCUGUUGCAGUACAGAGAAAAUACAGUGCCACAAGAAAAUGAAGCUGUUAAAUCUUCUUCUAUUUUUUUAAAAUCACUAACAUUAUAUUGCAUUGAAGAAAAGAAAAAAGUCUCUAUUUAAUGUUUUUCUUCUUCCUAACUUGAUGUGUUUCUGAGGUGUUUUAUUUUUAGAUUGUAUCACUGUUAGGACACUAUUUUCAGAAGCUGAAUGUAAUUUGUGUAAUAAAGCAUUCGCAGAGCACUGGC